AUGGAACUCGUCGCAAGUCGGGAUCAGCCACCGGGGCCACCACCAGGAGCACCGCAUUCGCAGAAGAAAGAUGCGGUUCAGGAGGAGCCACCAACGGAGCCGUACCCAGAAGGCGGACUAACUGCAUGGCUUGUGGUUUUGGGUUCGUUUUGCGGGGUCAUUGGAGCCUUUGGCAUGAUGAACACGAUUGGGAUAUUCCAAGCAUAUGUUGCCGAAAACCAGCUCAAGGACUAUAGCGAAAGCACAAUCGGUUGGAUCUUCGGCAUGUACGUCUUUUUGUCCUUCUUCUGCGGCAUCCAGAUAGGGCCUAUCUUCGACGCUCACGGCCCACGCCUUCUUGUCCUCGCUGGCAGCGUCUGCCUGUGCCUCAGCAUGUUCCUUCUCGGCAUCUGCACUGCGUACUGGCACUUCAUGCUCGUAUUUGGUGUGCUAGGCGGCAUUGGCACAUCCCUCAUCUUCACCCCAGCUCUCGCUGCCGUCAGCCACUUUUUCCUGGAAAAGCGAGGUUAUGCGACGGGUAUAGCAGCGAUGGGUGGGAGUAUGGGAGGAGUUAUUUUCCCACUGAGUUUGCAGAAGCUGUUUCCGCAGGUAGGGUUUGCAUGGGCAACGAGGGUCAUGGGGUUUAUCAUUCUAGCUUGCUGUUGUGUGUCGGUGGCCCUUGUUCGUUCAAGAUUGCCGCCCAAGCCUGGUCAGUCGGUCAUGCCUGAUCUGCGUAUCUUCCGGAACAUACCGUUCCUACUGGUCACUAUAGGAGUGUACUUCAUGGAAUGGGCACUUUUCAUCCCCAUAACCUACAUAACCUCCUUCGCCCUCUCUACCGGCUCCCUCACCCCCGCCCUCUCCUACCAACUCAUCGCCAUCCUCAACGCAGGCUCCUGCCUCGGCCGCUGGGGCUCCGGCAUCAUGGCCGAUAAGCUCGGCCGCUUCAACAGCAUGGUCGCCAUGUUGGCCCUGUGCACCGCCACCACCGUAACUCUCUGGCUGCCCGCCUCCAUCCUCGAUCCCAGUUCCCCAUCAGACAACACCACUAUCAAAGCGCUGUCCAUCGUCUAUGCGCUAAUCUUCGGAUUUGCUAGCGGGAGUAAUAUUAGUCUCACACCGGUUCAGCUUGAUGUGCUUUAUUUGGGCGAGGGCGUGUAG